AUGGCGACGGAGGUCUUCUUUGAGGUGACAUGUUGGGUUGACCCCAAAGUUGAGGGAUUUGAGCCCAAAAUGGAGGGGGCCUCGAGGAAUGUCCUGUGGGUGAUUGAGGGGACCUCCUGCGACCUGCCCUGGCAGGCUGCCCUCUUCAAAGGCGAGAAGUUCAUCUGCGGGGGGACGCUGGUGGACAAGAACUGGGUGCUGACGGCCGCCCACUGCCACGUCCCGGGCCCCUCGAGGAAUGUCCUGUGGGUGAUUGAGGGGACCUCCUGCGACCUGCCCUGGCAGGCUGCCCUCUUCAAAGGCGAGAAGUUCAUCUGCGGGGGGACGCUGGUGGACAAGAACUGGGUGCUGACGGCCGCCCACUGCCACGUCCCGGGCUUCAUCAGCGUGCGGCUGGGGGGCCAGAGCCAGAAGGACUCAGGUGGCACCGAGCAGUGGCGGCUCUCGGCCAAGGUCUUCAAGUACCCGCGCUACAAUGAGACCAACAAGGACGGCGACCUGAUGCUCAUCAAGUUCCUCCUGCCUGUCCACGUCAACAAGCAGGUGAAGCCGCUGCCACUGGCCUCCCACUGCCCCGUGCCCGGCAAGACCUGCCAGAUCUCAGGCUGGGGGUCCACCACCAGCCCUGAAGUCACCUUCCCUGAGGACCUCCACUGCGCCAAGGUCACCAUCGUCUCGGAAGAGCAGUGCCGGCUCAUCUACCCCAGCUCCAUCACCACCAACAUGGUGUGCGCGGGCGAGUCGCGCAGUCGGGCUGACUCCUGCCAGGGUGACUCCGGGGGACCCCUCAUGUGUGACGGGCGGCUCCAGGGUAUCGUCUCUUGGGGCCCGGGCAUCUGCGGGGACCCCAAGAAACCCGGCGUCUACGUCAACCUCUGCAAAUACACCCAGUGGCUCCAGGACACCAUGAGAAGGAACUGA